CCCACUGUCGCCAUGGGAACAUGCAAAUUUAGCCGCUGCGCCGCCGGUGAUUGGCGGGAGCCUCCUUGGCGGGCCCGGGGGCGGUGCCGGGGCGGAGAGCCGGGCAGGGAAAGGAAGAUGGCGGCGGCGGAGCGGAGCAGAUCCCCGGUUCCCGGGGGGUCCCCGGUGCCGGCCUGUAUGUUCGCCCCGGAACCCGGCUCCCCGGGCGGCCGGCCUCGCGUGGCGGCGGCCGCCUGUCCCCUCCGCGCAGCCUUCGACGGCGAGGACGGCGAGGCUCUCAACGGCGAGCCCGAGAUCGACCUCACCAGUAAGGAGAGCGAGAGGCGGGGGCCCGCCUGCUUCUGCCGGGACGGGAGGCUCCCCUGAACGCCCCGCCGGCCCCAGCAUCACCUGGGCGGGCGGCAGAGCCAGAGGUGCCGUGUGGAGGCGGCCGGGAGAGGCGCAGUAAAGUUGUCCCGUACCCCGGCAGGGACAGGAGGGUGCUAGCAGGCUGCUCCGCCCUGCGCCUUCCCCGCCUCGGCUGCUCGGGGGGAACGCCAGCCCGCAGCCGGUGUAGCAGUCUCAGGAAGCGCAGGGUUUGGAGCUGUCAGCUGCUGCAACGUCCCGCUGACGUUUGCUCUCCGCGCUGGGUCUCUGUAGUUAUCUCUGCUGCCAGUUGUACUAGUUCCUGGGACUUUCUCUCCAAUCUUAAAAAGAGGUCAGAGCUUGUAACUUUUGAGCACAAGAGCCCAGUGACAAGGGUCCUUUGAUCUUGCAGACAGGGUUAAGUCAACGCAGAAAAGACUUGUUCACCUUGUGCAGCUCCUUUCUAGGAUCCCAGUGACAAAACUGUGUGGUGGUCUUAUUUCUGUCAGAACCAUUCUCGCUUCCAUCCUGCAGGAAGGUACAUUGUAGUAAUAUGUGUGUGCCAGAGCCUGCCACAGACUUAGUUGCCUUCUGUCACCGUCUUCUAUUUUUUUCCCCAGUUGGCUGAUCUCUUUAACUGUAUGCCUUUUGCUGCCACGGAUUUGGUGUGCUGUGGUGCUAUCUCCCGCUCUAAAGUCUCCUGAAAACUUCAUUUGAUCCACUUGUAAUUAUAUGAUCCAGAAUUCAGCAUAGCUAUUGUUUCCUCCUAGUUUUCUGUCAUCCUUCCUCUUAAUGUUUCCAGCUUAAGUUGUUCCAGAGUCCUGGACUUCCUUGCCCUCUAUGCACAGAGAAGGAAAGAGGAAUUGUGUCUGUGGAAACCUUGUUCUUUUUAAUGGCUAUUUUACAAUAUGGUACUGUAUUAAAGCAAGUGUUACAAAGAUGUCUUGUAAGUUAGUAAAGAACAGAAAUCAAACCUGUAGUAUCUAUUGAUCGUGCCUUAAUGAGCUGGAAAAGAUUUUUAUACAGGAUGCCAGUAUUGAUCUGUGCUUUGUCUUGGACGUGACUGCUGUGGAAGAAGGCCAAGGAAGGUGCCAAGGACUGCAUCACUGAUUCUUGACAGCCAGGAACCUGACCAAAAUUCCGGCAAAGAGAGAAGAGUGCUUUUCUCCCACAAACUCCCAUUUGUGGUGUCAGUCUGUCUUCCAUUCCUAGAAAUCUGGAGGUGCUGUGGAGGUGGUAGGAAACCUGAGGUUGCUAGACCCACAUGGCUCCUACUGAUAACUGCUCAGUGCCUGACAAAGUGGAAAGAACAAAAGUGAACAUUUUUGACUUUGUGAAAGCCUCUUAAAAACAUGCAUUCGUGGUGCAGGCAUGGAAGGGUUGCUCAAAGGUGAAAAGCAAAAAAAAGGCAGAGGAGCCAAAAUGGAGGGCUUCUCUUCAACUGAGGAGAUGGCAGGGGACAGGCUCUCUCCAUCCAGGAAGCUAAAGAGAGUUUUAAAACAGCGUGUCACAUCUUGCAGUGACCCAAGAAACCACGCAACUGGCUGGGGCUGCAACUGCAGAAAUAGCUAUCAGAAAUGCUGAGUGGCAUUGGAAGGUGUGAUCCAUGAAAGCUGCUGUUUUAUCUCCAGAUACUUCUCUUGGUGUCCUACUGUGUCAUACGAGCUGUGAACUUCAUGGGCUGCAGAGUAAACUUUGGAGGCAGUCUGCUACUGGAGCACCCUUCAGGAGCCCCCUUUACAUGGCAGUGAAAGCAGCAGUGUGGGGUAACAGUGUUGUGGGCUGAUAUCAGUGAGCCUGUGCUGUUUGAGGCCCCCGGCUCUCCUGCCUGGCAAUGUGAGGAAAGGGUACAAUGAGCUGCUGAGUGCCUUGGUACUUGUUACAGCACCCUGCCUGCUCACACUGCUGAAGCACUUGGACUCAGAAGAACAAAGCUGGUGAUGAGACUUGAAGAAACUGAAGUUAGUUUGCCCUGUGCUGGUGGCCCCUGCUAUUUUAUUGAUCUUUGUGUGUGUUACAGCCCGUUUAAUAGGUCUUCCUGAGUCUCUGGCUUGUGCUAGUGCACUGGCCUAAAGAAUGAGCUUUUCUGCUGUGCAUCCAGGUAUUCCUGAAAGUACUUGCAGGGCAAAAUGAGCCCUGCACAUCAAAACACAGCCUUCCAUUCCUACUCAGAUUGAGCCUCUCAACAGUUGCUGAUUUCGCUCUCAAGGCAUUUGCAUCCAGUGGUUUCCCUCAAGAAGAAAAUGAAACUAAAAGGAAAACAGAACUGGAAGAAAAACUAAUAAAAGCAAAACUCAUUCUUUUAUAGCAUGAAAUAGACUGUGACCUUGCAGAGCAGAGUGCUUUGGUACGCUUUGCAGACCACGCCAAGUAGUUGAAAGGCUUAGGUAGGGCAUGUGUCCAAAAGGGGCACGUGAAGGUGAUUGUAUCUCUUGUAGCUGUCUGGCCCAUGCAGACACAUCCCUGCUGUCUGGGACCCUUAACAUCUGUGGAAAAAGUUGUUUUGGCAGCCUUAAACCUUCUAACCAGCACCUGCUGUUUGUGCUUCAGUCUUAAGCAUCAUCAUUAUGGUUUUGGAAAUCUGCUUAAACAUUAUUUGUGAGAGAUUGGGUUCCUUUACAUUCUAGAUUUCCAAAAAAGGCCUUCAUCAAGUGUGUAAUAGUGGUGGUAAAGGUAGUUUCUCCUUGAAAACACAUUGUGUUAACUGUGCCAAGCAAAUCAGGCAGUGUUAGGGCAUGUUCGGCAGACUUGAGGAUUUUAUUGUCAUCUGCUCUAAACCAUAUAUUUUAGGCAAACAUCUAAUUUAGCACAGCUUUCAGUCUCCAUGCAUAAUGAAGGGAAGUGCUUCUUUCUGAGUGUGAUUUUGGGACGUGUGUGUAGGGACAGCUGUGGAUGUCACUGAGUGUUGGCACAGGUGUGUCUGCCUUUAGGGCUCCUGGUGGGUGUCAGCCUUUAGUAACUGUUAAUAAAAGUGCCUUUUUCACAGAAAGGUGUAUCAGUUGCUUCAGCUAUCAGACUACUGUACUGGAAUGCUCGGCCACCAAGAGAUUUGUAAACAUGGAGGCAGCCAGAGAGCAGCUGGUGAUGGUGAGUCCAACUUCAGAACAGUAUGACAGUUUGCUCCAGCAGAUGUCAGAGAGGAUUGAUGAGGGAUGUGGGGAGACCAUCUAUGUCAUUGGACAAGGAUCAGAUGGGACUGAGUACGGGCUGAGCGAGGCAGACAUGGAGGCAUCCUAUGCCACAUUGAAGAGCAUGGCAGAGCAGAUCGAGGCAGACGUGAUCCUCCUAAGGGAGCACCAGGAGGCCGGGGGCAAGGUGCGCGACUACCUGGUUCGGAAACGUGUGGGUGACAACGACUUCCUGGAGGUCAGGGUAGCAGUAGUUGGCAAUGUGGACGCAGGGAAGAGCACCUUGCUGGGGGUCUUGACUCACGGCGAGUUAGACAAUGGCCGGGGCUUUGCUCGGCAAAAGCUCUUCCGCCACAAGCACGAGAUUGAGUCAGGCCGCACCAGCAGCGUGGGCAACGACAUUCUGGGCUUUGACAGCGAGGGCAAUGUGGUGAACAAGCCUGACAGCCACGGUGGCAGCUUGGAGUGGACAAAGAUCUGUGAGAAAUCCACCAAGGUCAUUACUUUCAUUGACCUGGCUGGUCAUGAAAAAUACCUGAAAACCACUGUCUUCGGCAUGACCGGCCACUUGCCUGACUUCUGCAUGCUUAUGGUUGGGAGUAACGCUGGGAUUGUUGGAAUGACCAAGGAGCACUUAGGCCUGGCACUUGCACUUAACGUUCCUGUCUUUGUUGUGGUGACCAAGAUUGACAUGUGCCCUGCCAACAUCCUGCAAGAAACCCUGAAGCUGUUACAGCGACUGCUGAAGUCCCCAGGGUGCAGGAAGAUUCCCGUGCUGGUUCAGAGCAAGGAUGAUGUCAUUGUAACAGCCUCCAACUUCAGCUCAGAGAGGAUGUGCCCAAUUUUCCAGAUUUCAAAUGUUACUGGGGAGAAUCUAGAUUUGCUGAAGAUGUUUCUUAAUCUCUUGUCUCCACGGACCAGUUACAGGGAAGAAGAGCCAGCAGAAUUCCAGAUAGAUGAUACUUACUCUGUCCCGGGUGUAGGAACAGUUGUCUCUGGGACGACCCUGAGAGGCCUGAUCAAGCUAAAUGACACCCUGCUGCUGGGGCCAGAUCCCCUUGGCAACUUCCUUCCUAUUGCUGUCAAGUCCAUCCACCGCAAGAGGAUGCCCGUCAAGGAGGUGCGGGGAGGCCAGACUGCCUCCUUCGCCUUGAAGAAGAUCAAGCGUUCUUCCAUCCGGAAAGGAAUGGUAAUGGUGUCACCCCGCCUGAAUCCACAAGCGUCGUGGGAGUUUGAAGCAGAGAUUCUGGUGCUCCAUCACCCCACCACCAUCAGCCCACGAUACCAGGCCAUGGUGCAUUGUGGCAGCAUCCGUCAGACAGCCACGAUUCUCAGCAUGGACAAGGACUGUCUGCGCACAGGGGACAAAGCCACCGUGCACUUCCGCUUCAUCAAAACCCCGGAGUAUUUACACAUAGACCAGCGGCUGGUCUUCCGGGAAGGCCGCACCAAAGCUGUGGGUACCAUCACUAAGCUACUCCAGACCACCAAUAACUCACCAAUGAACUCCAAGCCACAGCAGAUCAAGAUGCAGUCAACAAAGAAGGGAGCUGUUACGAAACGAGAGGAUGGUGUUCCCGCUGCUGGGAUGGCAGCUGGAGGCUCAGCAGCUGGGGAUGAGGCCCCCUCAACAGCUGCAGCACCACUGACACCUACUGCCCUGCAACCAUUGUCAAAAGUCGGAGGAGGAGGCCGUCGACGUGGGGGUCAGCGCCAUAAAGUGAAAUCUCAGGGAGCCUGUGUGACUCCUGCCAGUGGCUGCUGAAUUUCUUAUUCCUCCUCUCUCUGAAGAAUUCCUCCCCAUCCCUUCAUUUCUUAUCCAAAAGAUCCAGAGCAGCGUAAACCAAAACCCAUCCCAGCUGAUUGGCUGCAGAAGAAUCGUCCCUCCUCCCUGCAGGAAGCGAUGGAGAGGAGCAUAAUUUAUAAGCUAAUGAAGGUGAUAAGACAGAGAACUGAGUAACUGACACCUUCCUCCUCCCCCCGUUGACACAUUUUUGUACAUCAUGGGCUUAGUUUUUAUUCUUAUUAGUUUUUAUUAUAUUUUGUGUGCAUGAAGAUGAGAGGGGAGUCUGGAUAGAGCUGCAAAGAGCCAGUUAGUUGCCUCCCUCCUCCCUCACCCCUUUCUGUCCAUGGGACUUGCUGCUCUCCCCUAUUUGCUGUCUCAGAUCCAGGGCUUAUCAGAUACCAGAAAUUUCAGACUUGCAAAGGUUAAAACAGGUUGUUUAGGAUGGCUCCAUGGAGCAUUGUUUCAUCACCACUGUGGCCUGUGCCAAAUAUGUUUUGGAUUCCCUCCCUCUUAAACUAUUUCUAAGUGGAUUUAAUUUAAUGUUGUAAUGACUGAAGUUUGAAGGAGAGGGUGAGAAAGUUCCUUAGAUGGAGAUCUAAGAGGGAAACAAAUUGGAAAGCAGUUGUUGAUGUAAAGUUCAGGGAUCCUAUGGUCAAUAUCCUCAAAUAAUGUUGAAAGCACUUAAAAUUUUAACUAGGAACAGAGUUAAAUGGGCAGACAUUUACCCACCCAGUUCCCCUUCCCAUUGUGCUGCUUUUCCCAGUGUUUGUUCAGUGCACAUUGGAGCAAAUCUCCCCUGCCUCCCAAGGCUGCAGCAGCUCCACUGACAGUAUUAAGAACAGUGCAGGAGCACUCAGUCCGUCCUUUGAGCCAGAGAAAGCCUUCUCACCUCGACGGACAGAGGUCACAGGUGGUAAGAUACCUUUGGAACAGAGACACCAGGCUAACAUGACCUCCCCUUGAUUUUGUUUACUCCAAGAUUUCCAAAACCUUUUUGGAACUCACUGGCCAAACUUUGCCACGGCAGAAGUGGGAUUUGUCUUCUCCCUUCUUGGCCAAAUAGGGCAGUGACAAAUUGGUACCAAAUUUAUAGAAGUGCUCUCAAGGUUGGAAGUACAUGGUAAUUUUUCUGACUCUCACUGAAUUUUUUUUAAGAUUUUAUUUUUCUUAAUGAGAAAUUCUGGCUUCUCCAAGAAGGCCCUGCAAGGACAGUUUACAAAUUACUGUUAGAAUGGUUUUUUUAACCAUUUAAUGAGUUUGUCAAGUGAUUGAUUCCUGCUUAUUUUUAUCUCUUCUAACCCUACCUCCUCCCUUGGCUCUGGUGAGGACAGGAAUCAUCCUCUGCCAGCUUGUGGUGAGCUCUGGGAGUGUGGUAGCAUUUUGAGGAGGAGGUGGCAUCCUCAGCAAAUCAUGGCUCCCCCCAGCAGGCAUGGUCAGGCUCGGUUUCUCUGAGAGCUUCCUCCUCCAAUGAAGGACUUUUAUUUUAAUCAGAGAGAGACUGCAAAGUUUCUGUCCCUUCUUAGCAAGUUGUUCCUGUUCCUCACUCUGUGUCACCUGUGUGGAGUUCAUUCCAGCUCACCUUGUGACUCUGGGUGGGCUUCCAGGCCAGCUGAGUGGCAGAGUGCAUCUCCCGCUGCCAACACCAGCACUCCAAGAGCAUUAAGCGGCACGGGAGAGGCAAGAAACGUGGUCUGGAGAGCAGGGUCCUUUGCCUUAGAGACUGCAGUGGGUGGAAGGGGAGGUCAGACAGUCCUUUUCCAAGCUAUGUGCCUAAAUACCAGCACUCUCCUGGCAAGGGAGGAACUACAGGCGGCUACAACACUAAUAGCACCCGCAUUGUGAGGGGGUGUGAGGUGUGGCUAAGCACGGCACGAGGGCCUGGCCUGUUUUUCUUCUGGCCCUGUAGCAGCAUCAAACUGCAUCUGAUUUCACUGCCCUCUGCUUCUGAAGGGAGCAGGGAGCUCCAGGCGGUUUUCUCUUUCUCCAUUCCUUGUGCUCCAAAUGAAGGAGACUGCCGAGACUGAAAGAAGGUUCACUUCAAUUUGUGCAAAGGAGGUGGUGUGAUCUCUCUUUUGUGACCAGCAUUUACAGAUCACUCAGGCUGGUGUGAUCUAUAAAAUAAAUUUUAAAAAAGUUUGUUCCAAGUAAAA